GAAGCCCAAGUGUACAACUUGAAUGAUGUUAAUUGUUUUCCGUUUGAAAACUACUUACAAAUCUUAAAGCGAUUGUUGAGAAAAAGCAAUUGUCCUUUGCAACAAGUGGUCAGGAGAAUUUUCGAACUAAAACAACUCCAUGAAAAUAAACUGGGUGAUCAGAAGAUAUUAUCACUGGGUUCAAUAGUACAUAUUAAAGGUUCCAUGCCACUUAUUUUACAAGAAUACAAAACAUUUAAUUGAAGAAGGCAAAUUGUAUAUAAGAACAACAUCUUUUCAAACAAGCCAGGUGAUAACAUGAUUAUUUUGCAAUGUGAUACAAUAUUGAAAAUUGUUUACAUUAUGGAGAAGAAUGAGCAAUGUGUAUGUAUUGGCAAACAAUAUAAGUUUGUUAAUUCAUUUAUUGGUUAUCCAACCGACUCUAAAUUUAUUAAUUUACAAACAAUUGAAAUUCAAAGUGAUGAGUUUAUAUAUAGCUUGUAAAUUAGAAGAUAUUAAAGGCAAGGGAAUUGUAUUAAUGUACGUAUAUAUUUAUAUAAGUUUACUAUAUAUUUAUUGUUAUUUUUUUGUUAGAGACUACUACGUGGUUGAGUUUCCCGAUGAAAAAGAUAAGGGGUCAGUUCCUCUUUGCAUUAUCCCAUCAUCAUGGACAGACGUAGAAUUAAAUGGAGAGAAGUUCUGUUGGUGGCCUAAUUUUAAAUCGGAGGAACAAAAGAGAAAAGCUGUUAUCCAGAAGCUUCAGUUUGAAAACAGAAAUUGUAUCAAAUGUAAAAUUAACAUAAAAUAUAAGACAAAUCUAUACGAAAAGGCUGUCAAAAAAUUAAAAAAAUUAGAAGAUGGGACUUCAAGUGAAGCCUAUUCGGACCUUGACGUAGAAAAAACUACCAAAAGAAAACCGAAGCCUUCAUCCAUUCUUAAACAAUAUGUUUUUGAAGAUUCUCAAAAUAUAGACUCAGACGAUGAAAUCCCUAAUAUACGCAGACCUCAACAUAGAAAUAGGAAUGAGUCAUCUUCGUCCUCGCGUUCGUCUAGAUUAUCAUCAUCUUACCAUCCACCGCCCCAAUCGUUCAGGGAAGAACAAGAACCACAACUUGACAUGACAUUAACCAAUACGCCACCUUCAUCACAACUUGAUGCUCGACUGGAUGAAAUUUUAAAUUAUUGCAAACGGACAAACAAAAUAGCUUUACAACUGGCAACAAAAACCGAAUUGUUGGCCAAAGACCUCCAAUUUGUGAUGCAAACAAUGCAGAGGUAAUCAAUU